ACAACAUACAUAUACAGACAUGGAUAUACACACACAUACACACACACGUAAACAUACACAUAUAUACAGAGAUAUACGCACAUACGCACACACACACAUGCACAUAUACAUACGCACACAUAUAUACACACAUACACAUACAUGCCCAUCUAAACACAUAUAUAUAUACAUGUCCACACAUACACACACACAUAUACAUACAUUCACACAUACAGACACAUGCACACACAAACAUAUAUACACAUACACACACAUACACACAUACACACAGAGAUAUCAUCAUAGACGUUUGUUCACAUUUAUAAAUAUACAGAGAAAUAUUUAAACAUUCAUUUUUUUUUUUUAGUAAUGAAUGAGUCAACAAUACAUCUAUAG